AUGUCCGCCCUGAUUCGGGACGCCCCGCUUGGGCAGAUACUCAGAUACCUCACCAACAACCGCAUCUUGCAAUAUCCAGAAGAACGGCCAGACUUCCAACUCCCAGACGCAUACACCCGCCACAUUCGCCCUUCACAAAGACACCAAGACGACCAUGUAGCCACCCCAGUUACCAAACGUGAAGCUCCACCCCAUGAAGAACCCAUCUACCCGGACCCAGAAACAGUGCUCGAAAAGGACAGAAUCUCAAGCGACGACGAUGAACGCCUCAGCCUCGAGAAGCCCCAAACCAUACGAUCCACACACACAACCCGCACACAGAUCUCACGUGUCGGCACCAGAACAGCACUGCAAAAGUCCGUCUCCCAGGCAGACCUCGAACACCAAAUCUCCCUCGCAUCCAUGGACCGUGGGCCCAGCCGCCCCAUCGACCCGGACGUGCUCGACGACGGCACGACCCUCGUGGAUUGGUAUGCCACAGAUGACCCGGAUAACCCGCAGAACUGGUCGUCUGGGAAGAAAGCCAUCGUGCUGCUGCAGAUCCUCGUCUACACCACGGGCGUGUACAUGGGAUCCGCGAUAUACACGCCCAGCAUCCCCGGUGUCAUGCAGCACUUUGGCGUAGAGAUCGGAGCAGCAUCUCUCGGCCUUUCAAUGUACGUAGCCGCCUAUGGUAUCGGGCCUUUGCUCUUCUCGCCGCUGAGCGAGAUCCCGGGGAUUGGGAGGAGUCCGCCGUACACUAUUUCUUAUGCCAUUUUCGUCAUACUGCUUGUGCCGACUGCGCUGGUCGAUAACUUUGCGGGCUUGAUCGUGUUGAGGUUCCUGCAGGGCUUCUUUGGCAGCCCGUGUUUGGCUACGGGUGGCGCGACGCUGCAGGAUAUUUACAGUCUGCUUGAGCUACCGUAUGUGCUUUCGUUGUGGGCGUUUGCGGCGACGUGUGGUCCUGCGCUUGGUCCUAUUAUUUCUGCAUUCUCCGUCGCAGCCAAAACCUGGCGCUGGUCCCUCUGGGAAAUGCUCUGGCUAAACGGCCCCAUCUUCCUCAUCCUCUUCGCCUUCCUCCCCGAAACCUCAUCCUCAACCAUCCUCCUCCGCCGCGCCCAACGCCUCCGAAAACUAACCCAAACCCCCACCCUACAAUCCGCCUCCGAGCUCGCCCAAGCCAGCCUAACCACGCGCGCCAUCGCCACCGAAGCCCUCUGGCGCCCCUUCCAACUCAUGCUCCUCGACCCAAGCAUCGCCUUCACAGCCCUCUACAUCGGCAUAAUCUACGCCAUAUUCUACAGUUUCUUCGAAGCCUUCCCGCUCGUCUACGGCGACAUAUACGCUUUCACCCCCGCCCAAACAGCCCUAACCUUCCUCUCCGUCACCGUCGGCGUCGCUAUCGCUCUUGCGGCGUAUUGGUACUACAUCCACAGCACCGUAACACCCCGCAUCAUAUCCCACGGCCUCGGCCCCCCCGAACACCGCCUCAUCCCCGCACUAUACACUUCCCUCCUCGUCCCCGCCGGCCUCUUCCUCUUCGCCUGGUCCGCAACGCCGAACAUCCACUGGAUAGUAUCCUGCAUCGGCAUCGCGCUAGCCACAAUCGGCAUCUUCAUCAUCUUCCAGACUAUUUUCUUGUAUCUGGCUUUUUCGUACCCGCAGUUCGCGGCUAGUUUGUUCGCGGGGAAUGAUUUCGCGCGCUCGGCGAUGGCGGCGGGUGCGGUGCAUUUUUCUACGCCGUUGUUUGGGGGGUUGGGCGUGGGGAGGGGGGUGUCGUUGUUGGCGGGGUUGACGGUCGGGUGUGCGGGGGGGGUUUAUGUGCUGUUUUUCUAUGGGGAGAGGUUGAGGGGGAGGUCGAGGUUUGCUGCUCGGUAG